AUGUACAGCUCCAUGGAGAUUCACAUGGUCCCCAUGGCCUUGGAACUGCCACGUAACCUCCAGGCGAUACUUCCAUAUCUUCUAUUGGCAGCCCUCGGCUUUUUGCUCAAGCGGAAGCUACUAUCACCAAUCUCUGAUAUCAAGGGCCCCUUGGUUGGCGAGCACCAAAAGCAUGGCGAUUUCGUCCGUAUCGGCUAUAACGAGGUGUCGUGCAGCCACCCAGAUAGCAUCACCGCUAUCCUGGCACCAUCAUACCGGAAGGCGAGUUGGUAUCAAGCACUUGCCGUCCCUGACAAGCAUCACCAAACACCCAUGUCAGAGUGUGACCCCAAGCGACACCGAGAACGAUCAUCUAUCACUGCCAGCAGUUAUUCCCUCACAAGUCUGAUCAAGUCGGAAAAUAUUGUCGACACAUGCAUUGCGGAAUUCCAACAGCAGCUCAAGAAGCUCGCUGGAGUUGAUCAGGCCAUUGACCUUGGAGAGUGGCUUAACUAUAUUUCCUUCGAUGUCAUUGGGGAGUUGACCUUCUCGCAGCGCUUGGGAUUUGUGAGAAAUGGUGCAGACAUCGAUAACUCCAUAAGCAGUAUGCGCUUCCUCAUGAUUUACCAAGCUGUCAUGGGAUACAUGUAUUGGUUGCACCCGUUCAUCCUCCACAGUCCCUUUUCUGGCUUCUUUGAUCUCAGGCCGCAUGCUCACAUUUUCAAAACCGUCAGUGCCGCUGUGGAUAAGCGCCGAGAGAAUCCAAACGUCCGACAUGACAUGGUCUCGCAAUGGAUCAAAAAUAUCCGCAAGUGGCCCGAGCGUAUGGAGGAGCGUGAGAUCCUGGCCGUUGCUAGUAUGACCACUAUUGCCGGCUCCGAGACCAUGACCGGAGCGCUGUCAAACAUGUUCUACUUUCUCUUGAAAAACCCUGACUGCAUGGCUAAACUGAAGAGAGAAUUGAGCAAGGCCCAGGCGGCUGGUGAGCUGUCGCCUGUCGUUCUCCAUGAAGAGGCCAAGAAGCUUCCUUACCUCCAGGCUUGUAUCAAAGAAAGUCUUCGAUAUUUUGCUCCUGUGCCAUUCGGUUUGCCUCGGGUGGCCCCCAAGGAAGGAGUUACAUUGGGCGGCCGCUAUUUCGAGGCUGGUACUAUUCUAUCCGUCAAUCCGUUUGUCAUCCAGCGCGAUCGCCGCUACUUCGGCGAGGAUGCCGAAGUAUUCAACCCAGAGCGAUGGCUACGCCCCGAGGCACCACGCUACGAAAAGUACCUUAUCACAUUUGGCACCGGAUAUAAUGGCUGUCCAGGCAAGCAGUUUGCAUUUGCGGAGAUUGGUAAAAUUACUGCAUCUGUGGUACGUGACUUUGACUUUGAGUUUGAGAAAGUCGGCACCGAUUGGAAGCACCGUAGCAAUUUUACUAUCGCACAAAGUGACUGGCCAGUGAAAGUAUCUCAAGCAGCGCCGGUGGAGAAUUGA